AACACUAAAACUUUUUAUACCAAUGAUGGUGACGUUUUAAAAGGAAUACAGAAGGAUAGCAAGACAUAUCACAUUAUUAAAGGGUACCAGAAAGAAUGUACGAUAGUUCCCUCAAUAGAGCAGUCUGUAAUUUACUCUGAUGACGCACACUGCGUUAUAGAAUAUACAGAGACCUCAAAACACUUUCAACGACCCGACACCCUGUCCGACAAAAAAGCAAGGCAAAAUGAGUCAGUUAAAACAACUGAGCCGGAUGUUGAUAUUUGGACUAGUGCAUGUACUGAUCUUUUCACAAAUGCUCAAUCUCCUUUUGACUAUUCCCAGCUGAACAGUAGAAACAUUGAAUACAGCUCAGACACAAAUAAUAAUAAUAAAGACAUUACUUUAGAAGAGUGUGACUCAGGUGAACAGAUCUCUUUGCCCAAUUCUUUGCAAAAAUACAGCAGGAUUACCAGCAAUGCUGGAUCUUUAGUCUUAAAAGGUGGUGAUUGCAAAGAUAGUGACUCUUGUAGCGCCCCUGUUAGUCAGGCCACUCUCUUUAAAGCACCUGAAAUGAGGACUGCAAUGAAUGGCGAAGAUAAUGUUGCUAAACCUUCUGAAUUCAACGAAUGUAGUUGCCAUAGAAAUGUUAUAUUACAGCAGCUCGGUGGAAAGGAUUGUCAGCUGCACUUGUCUGCACUGGAGGGAGAGCAGACAGCAGGAGGAUUUCAGCUCAAGGGCACAGGCGGCAUCAGUCAAAGCAGAACAGCAGUGUUCCAAUCCUUGAGUCCCUCACACACAGAUGACCAGUACAGCACACAUGGAGAGGUUAAUGCAGACUCUACAAACUGUGAAUUUUCACAUAUUGGCCAUUUGCUUGUACACAAACAUCCGGAGCUCGUCCAAGAAAAAAGCAUAUUACCACUGGUUGGUGGCUCUCUUAAGGUCGAUGAUACUUAUGCAUUAGAAAAUAUGAAGAGAAAGCUUGAGACUUUCAAGACAAAGUCUUCUGAAAGCACUGAUUCAGUAUGUGAAACUUCUGAUCUUUGUAAGCAAUCUUGGGAACUGCACAACUCAGAGUUCGAGGACGCAUUUGUUACAUGUUGCCGUAUUUUACCCAUCACUAAUUUAGAGGCCAUUUUGGAGUUGGACCGUUCAUCAGAAAGCUCAUUUGUGACUGAAAAUGGACUGGAGGAGCAACAGAGAGGAAGUCCAUUAUCAGAAGUUAGAUUCAGAGAGCAAUGGAGCUCUUGUGAUGAUGUAACAACCCACCCACAUGCGGACGUUUCUGCCAUGUGUACAAAAGCCAAUGUAACCACUGUCAUGAAUAAACUAGACUCUGGAGAAACAAUGAGCACUUUAUCAAAUGGCUUUGAUAGCAGUGAUGGUUAUAGUGUUUCCAGUUUUGUGUCACAAGACCUUGACUCCAAUACCAACAGCGAAGAGAUGGAGGACGGCACUCAGUCGUCAUCUAGUCUUCGUGGUUCUGCAAGAAAUAAGACAACCCAGUCAGGGAAGGGCUCUGUGUUUUCCGUUUUUUCUCGACUCCCCUCAUUCCGCAAGAUCAAAUGGGAACACAAAGUCAAUAACAAAGUUGAUCCAGAAAUGAAGGACUCUAACGAGGAUGGAGAUGAACGGAAUGAGGUGAAGUACAUUAAGUCGCCCACCCAUAACAAAUCCAACCCUUCACUGUACAAGACCCCUAUUUCUCAUAGUACAGAUCAUCUUACAGACAUUACAAAAUUUGCUGACCACACCAACGAUGAUAUUUUUGAAAAAGCUUUUUCUUUAAACUUGCACAAUAGAGGAAAAUAUGUACACUGUAAAAAUUUGUAUCAGCAGCAAGAGCACAAAGAUGGAGAUGAGAUGAAAUUGAAAACUUCCCUAACGACAGAGGGACUGCAACAAAAAAGAAGCAAAAGUACAGACAACUUAAACUUACGCAUGAAGCUCGCAAUAGCUCACAAGUCUCUGUCUAGCCUGUUUGAGUCCAGAUAUCCCGAGAGGGACAACCAGGAGCAGAUUUCACAGUCAGAAAAUGAAGAGGUAAAAACCAAGCAGUCCUGGAGGAAGAUAAAAUGCUCUAAGGAAGCAGAACUUUACAAAAGAACUCAAUCUGUUCCUGGGACGACCUGUGACAAGUCCAUGCCUCAGAGCCAUAUCGACUGUGCCUUUGGUGCUCCACAGAACAGGUCCAGACUUAACACCUCACCAGCUUCUCAAAAGAGUUUGAGGAACACAUGCCAUUCAGAUUCACAGAGUUUGAAAUCUGGACCUCAGUCUGAAGAUAGUAAGUGUCUGGAAGGUUGCGAGCUGCCUUGUGCCCCUUUCUCAGAUUCUGAGGUCUCGGUAGAUGGCUUUGAGGACAGUGUUGAGGAUAGGUCGCAAUCACCUGUACACCCCACUGUUUUUACUCUCUCAAACCAGAUGUCACCUACCUGGACCAGAUCACUAAGCUGUUUUGAGACCACUGAUACUCCGACAAGGCCCAUGAGCCCCAAACCUAACAGUCCUGGUCUGGGCUGGACACACCGGAGGAGCUUCCGUUACCCCUCGAGAUCAGUUUCAUCUUCUCUCUGUUUGCUCGGUCAGGGAGUGAGCACUGAUGGUCUCUCCGAUCCACCUCUGAGACCGAAGUCUCUGAAGCCAAGGGCAGCACAACUCACUACAGCCCACUCUUUUGAUUCUGAGUGCUUACUAGAGGACAGCAGUUCAGACAGCCAGUCUCAAAAUAGCCUGAAUUCAGCAUCCCUGAUCAACAAACCAGAGCAUGUACAGCACAGUACUGAGCCAGCCAUCCAGUCAGAAGAGAGAAGACAGCAAGGAAGUUCAUGUGUGCUUCGGGUGAAGUCCAGAGAGCAGGGUAAAGUUGCACCCAGACCCAUCUCAGACCUCUACAGUUGGACCGUGUCUCUUCAGGGCAUCCGAGAGGCGGCGCUUGACCUGGAGAGGAAGAACAAUUUGCCCCAAACACGUCGGCGCUCAUGCUCAUAUGAAACGCUGACUGAUGUGGAGAACACCUGUGAAAAGAAGUUUAACACGCAAAGUUUGCAUCAGCUUAGCACACCAACAUCUGAAAAACACGAGAAAGUGCGUGCUAGACUGGCCUUCACUUCUCCAGAGCAGUUCCUCUCUGUUCCUCUCAAAGAACACAUCUUUUCCCAGAGCACACCUGUUGGACUAGACUUUUUGGGCUGGCCUCACCGAGCGUCGUUUUUAGAAUCGAAUCUCAGCACACCAGCACAAGAGGCACAGGUCGCCCCUCUGACCUUGGUGAUAACUGAUGGACCGCAGGAUAAGUCUGGCCUUGCGGAUGAGGUAGGGAGUGAAGAUGACCUGUACAAUGAGUUUCGCAGCUCCUCCAACCGAUUCGGACACCCAGGAGGAGGAGGCGAGCAGCUGGCCAUAAAUGAGCUGAUCAGUGAUGGCAGUGUGUGUGCCGAGGCUCUAUGGGACCAUGUCACCAUGGACGACCAAGAGCUGGGCUUCAAAGCUGGAGACGUCAUCGAAGUAGUGGACGCCACAAACAAGGAGUGGUGGUGGGGCCGGGUGCUGGACAGCGAGGGCUGGUUCCCCGCCAGCUUCGUUCGGUUACGGGUGAACCAAGAUGAGCCCAUGGACGAAUACUUAGCCCAUCUGGACGUUGCCUCGGAAGGGGGUGGGGCCAGCAUGGGGGACCCCUUAGGGCCCGGUCUGCCCUGCAAGGAGCAGAUGAGAGCCAACGUCAUCAAUGAGAUCAUGAGCACAGAGAGGGAUUACAUCAAACACCUAAAGGACAUCUGUGAGGGCUAUAUAAAACAGUGUCGGAAGAGGACAGACAUGUUUACAGAGGAGCAACUGCGCACUAUCUUUGGGAACAUUGAUGAGCUCUAUCGCUUCCAGAAGAAGUUCCUCAAAGCCUUGGAGAAGAAAUUUAACAAAGACAAUCCUCACCUCAGCGAGAUUGGCUCCUGCUUCUUAGAGCACCAAACAAACUUCCAGAUCUACUCCGAGUAUUGCAACAACCACCCCAAUGCCUGCGUGCAGAUCUCCAAACUGAUGAAGAUCAAGAAGUACGUGUUCUUCUUUGAGGCCUGUCGUCUGCUCCAGAAGAUGAUCGACAUUUCCUUGGAUGGAUUCUUGCUUACUCCUGUUCAGAAGAUCUGCAAGUAUCCCCUGCAGCUGGCUGAACUGCUGAAGUACACCAACCCACAGCACAGAGAUUAUAAGGAUGUGGAAGCUGCCUUAAACGCAAUGAAGAACGUGGCCCGACUGAUCAAUGAGAGAAAGAGGCGUCUGGAGAAUAUUGACAAAAUUGCUCAGUGGCAGAGCUCCAUAGAGGACUGGGAGGGCGAAGACAUCUUGAGCAGGAGCUCUGAUCUGAUUUUCUCAGGAGACCUGACCAAGAUCUCCCAGCCACAGGCCAAGGGCCAGCAGCGAAUGUUCUUUCUCUUUGACCACCAACUGGUUUUCUGUAAAAAGGAUCUGCUUCGGAGGGACAUGCUGUACUACAAGGGUUGGUUAGACAUGGAUCAGAUGCAAGUGGUGGAUGUAGAGGAUGGGAAGGAUAAGGACUUUAACGUAAGUGUGAAGAAUGCCUUGAAAUUAUGUUCUCCUGGGGGAGAGGAGGUCCACCUUCUGUGUGCCAAGAAACCCGAGCAGAAGCAGCGCUGGCUGCGAGCCUUUGCAGAUGAACGGGAACAGGUCCAGCAUGACCUCGAGACAGGUUUUACGAUCACAGAGGUCCAGAAGAAGCAGGCCAUGCUGAAUGCAUCUAAAAGUCACCCAACAGGGAAGCCCAAAGCUGUGACCAAGCCCUACUAUGACUUCCUGCUGCGUCAGAAGCACCCAACUCUUCCCACCUCCCUGCCCCAGCAGCAGGUCAUCAUGCUGGCCGAACCCAAACGCAAGACCUCCAAUUUCUGGCACAAUAUCGGACGCUUGACACCGUUCAAAAAAUGAAAGACUCGGUACAUUUGCGCUUGUGCCUGAACUCGUGUUUUUAUCCCAGUGUAACGUUUAUUUUUAUUGUCCUAUUGCGAAAGCACUUUAUGGGUUGGUUACAAUCAUGGCAUCACUCCCAAACUUUGUGGAAUCUUGUGGGAGGCCAUUCCUGCUAUGUUACUAGUAACGUUGAAAAAGACAGCUACUACUGCUCUACCGCUCCACUUUCCGGCGCGAACACGACUACUGCUGCAAGUCAUCAUACGGACACAUUUUAUCGAAAGAGCCCUGCUUGAAGAGAGGACUUCUUUUUAUGUUGGUUAAUUUAUUUUCACGUUUUCAAUGUAUGCCAGCUAUCCACAGUGCCCAACUACUAGCUUUGUAUGUAAUUUGAUACUUUUGUGUAACCCGUGAUGACAUUUCAAGUUUCAAAGGGUUCUGCACAAGAUAAAACUAGACCAUGUUGAGAUUUAUUACUGUAUUAACUUCCUGAGGGCUGGCACUCGAAGUCCGUCGAUAUCAUGUCUGUCGGUGUAUGCAGCUAUCAACUUCUCCCAACUUUCUCUUCAUUGAAGCCUCCAAAAUGAAUCUUAGAUGACAUCCUGUUUCCGAUGAGUGUUUCAUGUAUGUAACUGAUUCUGCUCCCUAAUGACUCCUCUGUAACAAACUUCACUGGAAGUCAUUCCAAACAUAAACCAGACAUUGUGAUGGGGGAUGCAUGAAUUUGCAGUGAAACUCGAUAUUUUCAACCAAAUUCUCAAUAUUCUUUGAUUCUGAUAAUGGUACUAUUAUAUUAAAGACUAUGUUUGACAGGUGUCAACUAUGUAUAAUAAUCUUUGACCACAAAACAAAUUCUGUUAAUAAAAAGCAUUUGUAUGUGUU